UUUGCAUACAAAAGGUGUUUUGUAUUUUUCAGGUAGCCGCAGAAUAUUUAUCUAUCUAUUUCAAUUUGGAUAGUUUAAGCUUGAUAAUAUUACUGAAAACUGAUAUGAAGGUGUCUGUGCUAGUUCUAUUCCAGCAAUUGCUACUUUUGGUAUCAAUUGUCAGAAGUGAAGGUCAUAAAUUUAAUAUUUAUGAUCAGACUCAACAGCAGGAUCUGUUCAACAUUGAUGAACACGAUAUAAGUCAACGUUAUUCAAAGUUUUCCAACGAAUCAUUGUUAUGGGGUCCAUAUAGUUCGAACUUAUAUUUUGGGGUUAGACCACGAUUGCCUAGAUCGUUAUUAUCAGGUUUAAUGUGGUUUGGACUUGAAAAUCCCGAAUCCAUCAGGACAAUGAGACAUUCCAAUGAACAUAGUGAUAAUAUCAAGAAAGCUACUUGGAUUUGGUAUGAUCCUAGAUUUGGAGGGAGACAAAUCAUUGAUGAUGAUGAUAUUCAUGUUCAAAUUGUCAUUGACUUUGUCAAAAGUGAAGAUGGGUUGUCUUGGGGUGCUAAAAUUAGAGGUGUUUUUCAUCAAGGUUAUGAAUAUAACAAAUUGUCCCUUUUAUGGUAUUCUGGUUUAGAAGGUGAAGCCAAAGAUGAAUUCGAUAGUGAUGUUAGAAAUGGAUUCUUAGAUAUUACAAAUGAUAUCAAUAAACUUGGUUAUAAAGAAAAUGUGAAACUUACCGGUAUGUCAGAAGAGCUUGGUUUCUUUGACCUUGAAGUUACCCAAGGUCCAAAUUCAAAUAGAUAUCCAAAAUCUGAUGAUAGAAACCCAGAUUUGGAUCCAGGAAGAACUCAUCAUUUAAGUUUGAAUGUUCCUGAUGAUAAUGUAUGGAGAGUAAAGAAUAUUUUCAUGGCUUUAUUAGAAGAUUCUAUUGAUAAAUUGGAAAGGCAAGGUAGAUUUGAUGGCCUUCCUUUAGAACAAGCUACUGUUUUAAGGGACUUAAAUAACUUUCAUGGUAAUUUACAUUUGAUUCAGAAAUCAUUCGAAGGGAAUUUUGAAUUUGAUGUCAUUUACAAUAAUGCUUUAACAAGACCAACUGAAAAAAUCACUGUUGAAAACAUUAAUUCCAAAAUAGAAAAUACAAAGAAGUUAUUCGAUGAAAAAUUCGAUAAACAUUAUGAUUUACAACCUCCAUUUAAUAAACCAGAACAUCAUACGUUUGGAAAAGAAAUCAUAUCCGGAUUAUUGGGUGGUUUGAAUUAUGCUUAUGGACUGAAUUUAGUCGAUAGAGUGACAGUCCCGGACGAAGAGUCAUUUGAACCUCCUGUAUUACAUGGAAAACUGGAAGGUCCAUUUGAAUUAUUUAGUUUUGUUCCAUCUAGAGCAUUUUUCCCUCGUGGGUUUUACUGGGAUGAAGGGUUUCAUUUAUUACCAAUUCUUAACUUUGAUUCUGAUUUAGCCUUGGAAGUUAUCAAGUCGUGGUUUAACAGAAUGGAUGAUGAUGGAUGGAUUGCUAGAGAACAAAUGUUAGGUCCAGAACAAUUAUCAAGAGUUCCAGAUAGAUUCCAAGUUCAAACUCCUGAUGUAAGUCCUCCAACAUUAAUGCUUACAUUCACUUACUUGUUAGACAAAAUUAGAGACGCUGCCAUGUUAGGUAUUAAUACUCCUGAAGAUGUUGAUGAUAGUGAAUUAUUGACAAGUAAAAAUUUAGGACUGUUGGUUUUAAGCAAUCAUGAAUUAUUGAUAGAUUACACAAAAGAAAUAUACCCAAAACUUCAAAAGCAUUAUGAAUACUUCAGAAAAACCCAAAGAGGAUUAUUUGAAGAAUUUGAAGGAAGAGGAUCUGAUGGAGAAGUUUAUAGAUGGAAAUCAAGAACCAUAAGACAUGUGUUAUCUAGUGGUCUUGAUGAUUAUCCUCGUGCUGUUCCUGCUGAUAUUGCCGAAUUAAACAUUGAUUUGAUAUCAUGGAUUGGAGUUAUGACAAGAUCCAUGAAGUUAAUUGCAGAAUUAUUAGAUUAUAAGUCCGAUUAUAAGGCCUAUGAAGAAAUUGAACAAAAAGUCCUUAAGAAUAUAGAUGACAUUCAUUGGUCAUCUGAAGAAAAUACCUACUGUGAUGUAAGUGUCGAUGAAGAUGACGUUAAUAUUCAUGUCUGUCACAAAGGAUAUAUUUCUUUAUUCCCUUUCAUAACUAAAUUGCUACCAGCAGAUGAAACUACAAAACUUGGUCAUAUUUUAAAACUUAUCAGAGAUCCAGAAGAAAUAUGGACCGACUAUGGUAUUAGAUCAUUAUCUAAAUCUAAUGAAUUUUACGGAACUGAUGAAAACUACUGGAGAUCCCCAAUUUGGAUAAAUAUCAAUUAUUUAAUCUUAGAUGCCUUAAAGCAUUAUCACGAUGUAUCAGCACAAUAUUUAACUCCAGAGUUGAAGAAAGAUCUUGAAAGUACAUAUCACGAUUUACGUAUCAAUUUAGUGAACAACAUUAUUAAUAGAUGGAAAGAAACAGGAUACGUCUGGGAACAAUACGAUGAUAAGACAGGUAAACAAAAAGGUGCUAAAAACUUUUUAGGAUGGACAUCUACAGUAUUAAUCAUGAUGUCUAUGCCUGAAAAUUUAUAGAAAAUAGUUUGAUUUUUAUUUAUUUAGUAUACAAAAUAAUAAAGCA